GACGUCUUCCUUCUUCCUUCCUUCAUUCCUUCCGUCUCUCGUGCAUUGCGCUUCUGAAUGCAAAUUCCCAAUUCUGCCCUUGCGAGUGUGGGCCAUUUCGCUCCCUCUCGGCUCACGGUUUGUGGAUGGAGUGCGAUUCUGGUUAAUUUCACUGGGUCAUGCUUCACAAUCUGGCCGAUUGUGGAAGAGACGUGAGGGCCAGGGCCAGGUAUGCGGGCGAUUGACGAUUGCGGGAAAUACAAUUCAAAUGGCGGCAGCGACGGAGAGAAUUCGAUCGGCAGCACGGAAUUUGGAAGGGACAGCCCGUAGUCUUCAAUCUGACAUGUAUGCCCAAUGCGUACUCUUCAAGAUGGUGGCUGAAGAUUUAGAGAGAGAGCACGACUCUGUAUCUGUUGAGAAGAUAAGAGGUGCAUUGCUGGAAACUGUGGAGUGUACCCACUCUCUUGAACAUCACUGCUUGGCUCUAUCGUCUUUGAGUGCCAAUUUUGCAACCGGGAACGAGGUGGCAGACUUUGAGAAAGUCCUGUAUGAAACUUCUGCGGAGAGUCGACGGGUGCAAGCGUUUGACCCCCGUCAGCACACAUGCUAUGAACAAUUCAACCAAUCUAUCUGGAAUAUUCACCAUGCAGGUGAGGCAGCUCCUGGACAAGAGCAAGAUGAGAUAGUCAUGCUGACUUCACAAUAUGGGGUGAAGAAUACAAAUUGCCCUCUAAGUGGGAAGCCUGUGACGCAGCUUGAUGAUCCUGUGCGCAGUAAGGACUGCGAACACAUAUAUGAGAAGGCGGCGGUUUUGGAGUAUAUCAGAAAGCAUAACAGAGAGCACCCUCGAAAGAAGUGCAAAUGUGCUUGUGCUGGAUGCCCCAAGGAACUGCUAGCAGCAAAUUUCGUCUGUGAUGCAUCUUUGAAAAUGAGUAUACAAGAGCUUCGCCUGAGAGAGAGAGCAAACACUCAAAGGGCACACGUAGCUGAUUUCACGGGAGAAAAUCACAGCGAUGACGACUAAGAGCAGGAUUUAGGAAGGAUGGAUACACUGGUUCAUAGUAAAUAAACUGUAAUCCAAUACACGUGAAGAACGACGGCAACCUUAGGCUGAAAGCCGGAAGGUCUCUUCGUUUGACGGUACUACAGGAGUUUGUGGUUUCACUCACUAACACGAAAGUUCUGCCUUCAAGAUACAUGUGUUCAUUCCAUUAAAACUCAGCACAAGCAAACAAGUUCGCGACUCAUGAAGGUGUAAUAGCAUGUCAGACUAGAGACCACAUUCUCUCCCGACCGUGACAAGCGGUUGAGUAGAUGCUGAUGAGCAGCCCAACUCCUGAGGUGUUAAAAUCGUACAGACGAGCAUUUCGCGACGUGUCUGGUUCUCGGCCGUGUCUAUGUGAAGCUUUAAAUUUCUCG